AUGCAUCCCGGGAGCCGUUUCACACCCACCGUUAAAAUCACGAACCUCUGUCCCGCGGCAUCGUACGGCGGGUGGUGCGACGGCGGGAAGCUGAGUGUGACUCUAUCGAGCGAAGUGUGGGCGCAAAUCGCGCGGAAUCCGUCCGUGGGAGUGGUGCCGGUAGAGGUGUCGCGCGUGAGGUGUCCGAGCGGCGGUGGUGUGAUGUUCAACGUUACCGGCGAUGGGUUCUACAUCUCAGUUCUUCCGCUCAACGUGGGCGGAUCGGGGGACAUCAAGCGGAUGGAUCUGUCGGUUGGCGGAGGGCCGUGGUUCAUGAUGAAACGAAGCUUCGGCACCGUCUUCGAACUUGUCGGCCAGCCGUUAACCGGCAAAGCGCUGUCGUUUCGCAUCUGGCCCCGCGCGGAACCGAGACCCGUUAUAGUGCGAAAUGCGAUUCCCCCGUAUUGGACGGCGAGUAGCGUCUACAGGACUAAGAUCAACUUGUAA